AUGAAGGCGACCAUCUCUUGCCAGGCGAUGCGCCACGCAGAGAGAGAUUCUGCUCCCUCAUGGAUGUCCAUGAUGCAGCUGCCGCAAGUGAGCUGCAACACAUCUGCGGUGCUCCACUAUGUAAUUCAGAGCGACAAUAUCCAGCCGGGCGGCAGAUAUGAUGUCUUCUGCAUCGACUGGUUGAGCAGUUCCUAUCCUCCCUUUGCCAUUUUCCCAGCCUGCACGAAGAAGGGAGAGUGUGGACUGGAAGUCAAGACCACCACCGUCACCGGGGGCCGUAUCCACACAGUCUUCGGUGUGGAGGACUUCUUCUGCGUGAUGCUGCUGCUGGCGUACGUGGGGUGGAGCUACGUCUUCGAGAAGUGCCGGGUACUGCACGAGACCGGGGCAGCGGUGUUGGUGGGACUGGUGGCGGGCCAAGUCAUGAAGACCUGCUUCGGCACCACCGCCACCUUCAGCUAUGACAUGUUUAGCUACAUCCUGCUGCCGAUGGUGAUUUUCGCCGCAGGGUUCAAUCUAGACAAGAAGAAGUUCUUCCGCUUCGGCGGCUACAUCCUCGCGCUGGGCGUGUCGGGCACGGUGUGCAUUUUCCUGUUGAUCUAUUUCGGCUCGACGCUCUUCACCAUCCGCCCCACCAACGGGGAAGACCCCUACCAGCUGCCUGCACAGAGCCGCCUCAUCCUGGCGUCCGUGCUGGCGUCCACCGACACGGUUGCCCCAAUGGCUUUCAUCUCAGCCGCGGACUUCCCACAGCUGUAUGCCGUUGUCUUUGGAGAGGGGGUGUUGAAUGACGUGGUGUCAAUUCUCUUGAGCACCUCUGUGGAGGAUGCGACCGCCUUACCGCCCAUGCUGGAGCUUCUGGCGCGGCUUUUCAAGGUCUUCGCUUGCUCCUCAGCGUUGGGCGUGGCCUUUGGCCUCGUCACCUCCCUCCUGUUCAAGCACGCCAAAGUGCUGCACAGCGAGGUGAUGAAGCCAGUGGUACUUAUGCUGGGCUGCAACUACGCCUGCUACAUACUGACGGAGGUCUGCGAGUUCUCCUCCAUCUUCGCCUUGUUUGUGUCAUCGGUGCUCAGUGGCCAUUACGCCUCCUACGGCAUGUCCGAGGAGGCCCAAGCCUUUGCCAGUGAGCUGGCGGAGCUCAUGGCCUACAUGGCCGAGAGCGUGGUCUUCGGCUACUUCGGGCUCACUGCGGUGGCCUACACCUCUACGGAGAAGCACUCCGGCUUUCAGGUGCGGCUGAUCAUGUACUACAUUGUGUGCAUCGUGGGUGCGCGGCUCGUUUCGGUUGUCCUCCUUGCCUGCACUAUGCGGUUGCUGAAAUGUGGGCGGCGGCUGUCACUGAGUCCAAAGGAGCUUUGCAUCGUAGCCAUGGCGGGAUGCAUGCGGGGUACCAUCGCCUACGCGCUGAUCUUGAGGGCAGUGCCACCAGAGGAUGACCAGACGCACCUGGACAGAGUCAUGGUAACUACGGUUCUAGGCAUCGUGUUGGUGAACUGCCUCGUGUUCGGCGGCCUGUUUCCGGUUGUUAUGCGCUUGCUGAACAUGCGGCCAAGACCUUCAGGAACUGUGGGGGGAGCAGGGCAAGCACUGCGGCAUCGGUAA